AUAAUGCGUGUCAUCGUCUUCGGUGCAUCCGGUGUGCAGGGUCGUCAUCAAGUGCGCAUGCUCGCGCGUGGAGGCCAUUCAGUGGUUGCUGUGAGCCGCAAGCCACAACCAGUGUUGGUGGACAACAUCCCCGUCGAGACAUUUGCGGCAAACUUCACCGACACGGCAACUAUCGCCAGAGUCCUACAGGACGCAGAUAGGAUAUUCCUAAACCUCCCUUCGACGUCUUUCAAUCAGUCAGAGCCUAUCAUCGCCGCAGCGAAAGCGAUCGGUAAAUCAGCGAAGAAGGCCAAUGUCCCGCUUAUACUGUUUAAUACAAGCAUGCCAGUGCCAAAGGAGAAGCAGGAUAUCAAAGCGCAGGAUGACAGGAGAGAAAUGCGGAGACUACUGAGAGAAUCAGGCGUACCUGUCAUCAGCAUUGAGCCCGUUGUGUAUCUCGACAACCUCCUCGAAGGCUGGGCGUUAUCCCCCAUCCGUGACCGAAGCACCGUCGUUUAUUGCCACAAGCCUGAUUUACAGGUUUCAUGGAUCUGCCACCACGAUGUCGCGCAGAUCAUGAUGGCUGCCAUGCACCGCCCAGACCUAGCCGGCCGCGACAUUCCAGUCGGCGGCCCCGAAACCCUUCGGCUCGAGCAGCUGGCUGAGAAACUUUCUAGAGCGUGGGGCAGGAAGCUUGACUACGAGAACCAGACUGUGGCGGACUUUUGCGAGAAGAUUGGCAAGACGAUGCAGGGUAGGGGACUAGAGACGGAUAAGAUUGUGAGCCAGAUGUUCAAGGCGUAUACGUAUUACAAUGAGGCACCAGAUGAGCCGUUUAAUGUGGAUAUGGGGCCUGUGGCCGAGGAGUUGGGAGUAAAAUUGACUCCGAUCGAGGAGUGGGCUAAGAGGCGUAGUCCGUGGGAUGACAAGGGGUACUUCUAG